UGCGAAGAUGCGGCAGGUGUUUAAUCAAUUUGCCUUAUUCUGGCUCAUACAAUCUCUCAUACUUCUUGAAGUUUCACCACUGCAGAGCUUAGACUUCAACACCAUCUUACCUCCGACUCCUGAAGAAUAUGACAAUUUACAGCCCCCAAAAGAAGAUGAUGGAACUCCUACAAUCGUUCGAUUCCAUGUCACUGUGCUCAGUAUAGACUCCAUAGAUGAAGGCUCAAUGACUUAUGUAGCUGACAUCUUCAUGUCGCAAAGCUGGAAAGAUUACCGUUUACAAUUACCGGAGAACAUGACAUCGAAGUACCGUCUGCUUCCACUCAGCUGGCUCAAGAAAAUGUGGCGGCCAGACUCCUUCUUCAAGAAUGCUAAAAAGGUCACAUUCCAGGAGAUGACCAUCCCCAACCAUUACAUCUGGCUAUACAGCGAUAAGACCAUCCUAUACAUGGUGAAGCUGACUCUAGAACUAUCAUGCGCCAUGAAAUUCGAAGCAUACCCACAUGACACUCAGACUUGUUCCUUAAAGAUGGAGAGCUUGUCAUACACCACUGAUGACCUCAUCUUUGAUUGGGAACCUAAAUAUCCAUUAGUGGUAGAACCUACAAUCGAGCUUCCUCAACACAUUCUGGUAGAGACCAAACUUGGAGACUGCAUGCAGGAAUAUUCGACAGGUAACUUCACGUGUAUCGAAGUUAUGUUCACAUUGGAACGACGUCUAGGCUACUAUCUCUUCCACACAUACAUCCCGACCUGCCUCAUUGUCAUCAUGUCCUGGAUCUCUUUCUGGAUCCGAGCCGACGCCGUCCCUGCCAGGGUCACCCUGUGUGUCACAUCUCUGCUUACACUGGCUACCCAGCAUGCUCAGUCUCAGAAGUCCCUGCCUCCUGUGUCAUAUAUCAAGGCCAUCGACAUCUUCAUGUCCACAUGCACACUCUUCGUGUUCUCUUCGCUGAUGGAAUAUGCCAUUGUCAAUAUAGUGAUAGGUCAGGCAGAGGAAAGAGAAAAAAUGGCCAAUACCAUAAUGACUGAAGUUCAAAUGAUACACAUGGAAAGCCAGACUCGCCUCCCCAAUGGCACAAGAAUCGUUCGAUCACCAUCUCUGCGACGCCGAUCGGAGAUCUUAGAAAGGCAAGCUCUAAAAAUAGACAAAGUCUCAAGAAUUAUUUUCCCUGUUCUGUUCGUCAUACUUAACAUAGCCUAUUGGUCUUACUAUCUUAGGUAAUCACCUUUUAUUUUUGGUCUUUUACCAUCGUUUUUGAAGCCAAUAUCACUGCCGAAUUCAGCAUCUAUUCACUCAUCACUACUUCUCUUAAAACUAUAUCGACUGCAAACCAAUGCAGGA